ACCGUAAUUGUAAUUUGGUGUAACCAUAGUAAAAGACGAAUUGGAACCGUGAGACUAUUCGCUAUAGUAUUUCGUUGUUACGUUAUGGAUCCAAUCGAAGAACAAGAUGGAACGAGAAGCAACAGUUUGGAUUUUGCUAACAUUGCCUUAGCAACUAAUGUAACAAGGCGAAGGCAGCGCACCCAAAAGGGAAAGGCAUUUAUCGCUCAUGUUAGAUGCACGGACUGCCAGACUUUAUUAGAAGCAUCCAACUUCAUAUGAAGGAAAUCGUUAGUUCGGCGACUGAUGAAGAAAAUGUGGACGUCUUCGAGAUGAAUUUAACUUCAUUUCGUAUUUCCGUGGAAGAGUUCAAGACGGGUUUCGCUGCUCUUUUAAAUGAUCUUGGGUCCGAGAAGGAUUUGGACGUUGCGAUCGACUGGUAUAUUAAUCAGAUUGGAAAGUUUAACGACUUUUUAGACAAACCUGUACGCUGGAUUUCAACUGCGAAAGAGACAAUCGAACAUAGCUUGGAAACAAGAUCUCAAGUUGGCUCGUUAUAUUCUACAUCGCGUCGUUCAAAGGCAUCCUCUAGAUAUUCUGGCAGAUCGAUUACCACUAGCAGAGCGAAAGAGAAAUCCAAAGCCGCCGAGUUAAUAGGCAGAGUUGGUAUGUUGGAAAAAAGGAAAGAGUUGGAGUUGAGAGUCGAGAAGUCACUCUUUGAAGAGCAGUUGGCAGUUGCUCGCGUUCGAGAGGCCGUGUUCGCUGAAAUUGAUAGUGGUAUCUGCGAUGCGAAUUUAACUGGUCGUCAAGAAUUGCCUCCGAAGGAUUCUUUUGUACAGGUAUCUACUUCUACUGGGCAGAUUCUUUUAAUAAGUGCCGGAGCGCGAUGUCAACCCCAAUCUACCGGUCUAUCCUCAACCAUCCUCACAAUUUACAAAGCAUGGUAACCAAGCUUCCAUUUACGCUUCAAGACCGAUGGCGCCGAGAAGCAAAUAAAAGGAGAGUGUAGGUGGAGUGAUCGCCUCCUUCGCCGACCUCUUGAACUUCGUUGAUGCAGAAGAGGGAUAUCGCGACCGACCCAGUCUUCUCUCGAGAAGCGCUCCGUCGUUUGGAUGGUACCUCAAAUCGACCUGAUCGUUUCAGCAAAGACAGAGGUAAAAGCUUUGGCAAGUCUAAAACGUCUAGGAACCAUAAUGGUAUUUCACAUCACGCCUCCAGUCAUGCGACAGAUGUGUCCGCUGACCAACAGUCUGGUUCACGCAAUCCCGGUAGCCUCUGUAAGUUCUGUAACAAGAAUCAUGAUUUGGACGACUGUCAAGAAUACUUGAGCAAAUCCUUGUCACAAAGGAAGGAUUUCCUAUGAAGAAAUCAAUCUGCUUUGCCUGCUACAAUCCUGGACAUAGAUCCAAAGGUUGUGCCCAGCGAAGGACCUGUAAGAGCUGUUCACGUCGACACCCAACGGGUCUAGAUGAUGAUAGCUUCUCCCUCAAUCAGGAGGCCUCCAAGCAGGUUAACUCCACUCCUCCGCAACGAAAGGAGAACGUUUCGAAUGCUCACGCGGAGGUGGAUGAAGCCCUCUGCAAUGCCGUAGGUACCGAGGGUUCAGUAACCGCCGUUCCUGUAGUUCCUGCUAGCCUGAAAUCUGCUGAGGUCCUUACUUACGCCAUGCUUGAUACCGGCAGUACCGGUUCAUUCCUUCUUGACGACAUCACGGCCACCUCUGGGGUGAAGGGCGUGAAUACACAGCUUAUG